CACAACGUCUUGGAGCCUUGACUGCGAUUGAGAUUCUCGCUGCAUUCUCGAUCAUUGGCUCAUGAGAAAAGCCUCAUUACAACAGACAUAAAACGGGGGUGAUGUAGACACAAUCUCUGCACGCAAAGCUCAUGAAACUGAAUAAAGAGAAAGAUGGAUCUCUAUCUUGAGAGUCAAGCGGAAGUAUCCGCUGUCACUGGUGACUCUACCUCUGUAUAUGAGGCAAUCUCGGAUCACUACCUGCAUGGUGCCAAGGACGAAGAUACAUGGGAGAGAUCUGAGCAAUACGAGGGUUUAGUCUCUGUUAUUGAGGCGACGAUCAGCAAAUUGGACUGGCAUUCCAAUGGUCUUUACGGCCGGGAUAAAGAGAUCCAAAUCCUGCACGAUUCCCUGGACUCCUGCAUUCAAAAUGACUCUAGUCGACAGGUUGUCAUGAUCAGUGGGGAAGCGGGUAGUGGAAAGACAUCUCUUGUCAAGACAGCACUUCAAAUGCCUGCAGCCCGAGCAGGAGGAUUCUUUCUGUUUGGGAAAUUCGAGCUAACUCGCACCCCAGUCAUUAUUGGCAACAACACGACAAUCACUGAUACCACUGAUGAACAAACACCGACCACACCCACCCCACCUGAUACCUUUCACAGCCAGCAGUCUGCUGGCAUUGCCGAAGCUUGCCAAGAUAUCUGUCAAACAUUGCUGGAAUACAGAUUCCUGAGAGAAACAGCCUCUAUAGGUUCUUCCAAAGAUUCAGACAGCAAUUCUGGGCCAUCCCCACCAACCACUGCCAGUAGUGAUUCAGGCGGAAAAGAGCAAGAAGACACUCCCAUCAAUGCAACAGCUCCUCUGACAGAGGGAAGCACCCUGACCAAUUCGACAUCAGAGCCGGAGAAUCAAGAAGACACCGCAGCCGUCACUGCAUUUUGGAACUUUUCGUUUGAGAAACUCAGGACCAGGCUUCUAGAGGAACUGGGUACAGAUGCCUCUUUGCUCCAUCCAUUUAUGCCAGCUCUCAAACUCAUUCUUCAAAUAGGAAGCCUGCAUCCAACAGCAGAGGCAGCCGAAUCUGAGGCAGCGGAAGUAACGUCUGAUGACUAUAAGGAACGAAGGUACAAGUUGGACUGGGCCUUUCGUGGUUUCAUGAGGGCUUUGUCCAGCUUUGGACCCAUCGUGCUUUGCCUCGAUGAUAUUCAAUGGGCUGACGAGACAUCUUUGGACCUGAUACAAUCCUUAGUAUCCGACGUCACCAUACCCACAAUGAUGGUGGGGGGGAUCUACCGCAGUUUCACAAAGACAGAAGGAGACGAACAAGAGCACACCCUGACCACAACCAUUCGCAAGCUUCAAGAACGAAUCGACAAGCUGAACGCUGAAACCAAGACAACCGAUACUGGCGACAACACAUCGGGCAGCAAUAACAGGCUGACCGAGAUAUCACUGACUCCUAUGGAGGCUCGAGACAUUGCAGAAAUGCUCGGAGACCUAUUCACCUGUUCCUACGACGAAACCGAGGCACUGGCAGAGUGCAUACACCGCAAAACUCUAGGGAAUUCGUUCUAUAUAGUACAGUUCACCAGGGAGCUCGUGAAGAGUGGCCUAUUGGUGUUUGAUCUUGGAACUCAAAGCUGGAACUGGAACAUUGACACGAUCAAUGACAGGGCCAUGGCCACACAAGAAGCCGUGGAUUUUGUCAUCAACAACCUACGCAGGCUUCCGCCCGGCAUCCGAACGCUUCUCCCAUUGCUGGCGUCCUCGGGGCGUGCCUUCGAAGUUGGUCUAGUCGAGCUACUGAUGCUCCAUGGAUUCACUGCAAAGAAGGACGAGAUACCAACGCCUUCGAGAUUCUUGAAAUGCUUGGAGAAGCAAGGGUUCAUCUACAGACGGAGAGAUGGUACGUUUGCAUUCGAGCACGACCGCAUUCAAGAGGCGGCAAUAAGCUUGAUCGAACCGGCCGCAUUGCGCCAGCAGAGAUGGCAUCUCGGAUUAGUGCUAUUGGACACGCUCGAUGAAGAGACAUUGGAGAAACAUCUAUUCACUGUUGCCAACUUAUUCGGUGAUACGAAGUCGAUCCCGGACGUACAAGAAACUAGGCGAAUACGACUGGCGAAUGUCUAUCUGAAGGCUGGCCAGAGGUGUUCCUCAUUGGCUUCCUUCAACCAAUCCGCAGCAUACCUGGCACGAGGAGUGAAGAUGCUACCACUUCGCCAUUGGGAGACACAUUAUGAGCUCAGUUUGGAUCUCUACAGCACAGCGGCAGAAGUCCUCUUCAUUGGCGGCAGAUAUAGAGAGAUGAAAAUAUGCUGUGACGCCGUUAUUGAACAUGGGGGGUCCGUUGUUGAAAAGCGCCGAGCAUACAAUGCCAUCUUGGGCUCUAUGGGUGCCCGUUGGCAGAACAAGGAAGCUCUUGAGCUUGGCUUAGAGCUCCUGAAACAAAUGAAUAUCAAGUUCGCGAAGACGGCGCGAAUGAUGCACAUCAUGGGCAAUGUCAUUUGGACAAGAAUUGCAAUGAAGAGUUCCCUGGACAAAAUAAGCAAGUUGAGAAACCUUACAGAUCCUGGGAAGCUCUGGGUGUUCAAACUCCUGGAUGAAAUGACAACAUCGGCAUAUCAAGUUGACCAAAGUCUUCUUCCUUUGCUUGUUAUGAGAGGGUACCAGGAAACGGUGGCCUAUGGGCUCCACAAGUACGCCCCUGUCUUCUUGAGCUUGGUUGGUUUCUUGUUCGUCAACCUAGGUGAUUACGAAGGGGGCCUAACGUACGCAGAUCUAGCGAACGACCUUCUUGAUAAGAUCAACGAGUCCAAGGCGGUCCGAGCACGGGUAACUCUGCUCUGCCACGACUUCAUUUAUCAUCACAGGAAAUGUUGGGAAUGGUCAAGCCAACCUUUCCUGCAAGGAUAUCAAGCCGGACUCGCCGCGGGAGAUACUGAAAGCGCCGGUUGGUGUGCCUUUCAGUAUUUGGAGAUCGGUUUAUUCACAGGGACAGUUCCGCUUGCGACGCUCAAUGCCUACUUUAGAAAUUAUGUGGCAAUCAUCGAGGAGACAUCACAGCACGUGAUAGCAUGGACCACUAGGUCCUUGUGGAAGAUAGCCCAGAGCUUGAUGGGCAUCGGAGCGGAUAUCGUGGUAGAUACAAGUCGGCUUGAAGUCAGUGCAGAGUCUCGGAAGCAUGUUCAAAUGAAUGAAGAUCGUUUCCGCCUUCUGUUGGCCUUUUGGUUGGCAGACUAUGGUGAACUUCUGUAUGCAGCGGAGCGAAGCGGUUUCGACAAAGACCUGAUGGGCAAGCUAACCCCGGGACUUGGGAUUAUUCCUGCAACGGCCAUGCAGAUUGCAUUGUCUGCCCUUGUUCAGGCUCAAUCCACACGCGGUUCCGAGUCAAAGAAAUUCUUGUCCAUCGGUAAAAAGUUCUACGCCAAGAUCCAGAAGUGGAAAGCUCAAGGGAACCCCAAUGUGAUUCACUACGAAGCACUGCUGGCAGCUGAAAUGGCAGUCCUUUCCAAUGACGGCUUCAACGCGAGACAGAACUUUGAAAUCGCCCUCCUCUUUUGUAGCGGCCGUGGCUUUGUCAGCCACGAAGCGCUUGCACACGAGCGAUUUGCCGCUUUUCUUUUCGAUCGGUCUGAACUGGACCGAGCCAAAGAACACGCGGAAAAGGCCAUCGAUCGCUACAAUGGAUGGGGCGCAACUGUACGUGUGGAAGCCUUGGAAGCUAAAUAUGAACGGCAGUUUGGGCUCCAAUGGAAGAAGAGGCGGGAUGUCCCGGUUGCGGUGUCGCUAGCUAGCUGAUAGAGACGGCGUCUGCAUAAGUACCACAAAGGAAGCCAUCGAGUAUCGCUUUGUGUGGCAAGGCUUUCAUUGUCUCAUGGGUUUUCAUGUACACUCUUGUGGUUGCCUGCUGGCAGGGCCCGGGGUUGCCAUAAUCCAGCAAACCGUAUCAUGAUACGAUAUGUCUCGCACGAAGCUGCUGUUUUCGUUGCAGAGACUCGUUCGGUGUCCUCUCUACGAUUCGAGUAACCGAAGCUGGGUUGUCCUAGUCUCUACUUGUAGUUUGUCGAUGGUCCGCUGCAGGCUAGCUAGAUCAACAAUUCUACUAUGCUUUGGAAGGGCCUGCAAGCAGUAUCUUGUCCCAAUCCGCUGCCUUAUCAAUAGCUUGAAGAAGAGGCUGAAUGUCCAAGCCAUCCUCUUCCUUGAGCUUGUAUAAUAGUUGGUACCACAAAUGCAUUGUUGUUUUUGGUUGGUUUGGCAUGUCAUCCCAAACAUCGUCUGGGACAGGAAUGUGCCAGACUUUCCUGGUCCCCGAGUAGUGAUCAAAGUCUGAGUAUGGCGGGACACAUCCUGGCCAGGGCAUUUUUUCUUUGUCCUUAGCAUGAAAUCCAGUCCAUUUCUUGCAGAACCAUGGAUCAAUUUUGUAGGGUGAUGUGGAAUAGUUUCUGAGAGGACUAUCCUGUCGAGAUGUAACUGGAAUCACCUUUUCUUCAAUGGUUGAUCCAUUGGAGGCACGCCCCCAAUUGACGAUUUUGCGAGAGAAAAUUUGUGUCACAUUUUGCAUCACAUAUUUUGUCAAGUGGUAGUGGAGGCC